AUGGACAAAGACAAAUCGGGCGAAAUCAACAUGUUAGAGUUCUUCGACUACAUCGAUUUGACGCGAAGUCGCUUUUCAGAAAAGGCGUUUUCGGUCAUGGAUCGGAAUGGUAGUGGUGAAGUAGAUUUCAUUGAGUUUGUGUUGGCCGUGUGGAACUACUGUACAUUCAACCACGCUAGUCUUGUUCGAUUCGCGUUCGACCUGUACGACGUCGAUGGCAGCGGUGAGAUCGAACACGAUGAGGUCGUGAGGUGUGUACGAGAAGUGUGGGGUAGCGCUUGGGAGACCAGUCCAAACGCUCAAAAAAUCGUGGAGAAGCUAGAUACAAUCAUGGAAAACACGGCAAAUAAUCGCCUCACUGCGAACCUCUUCCAGGAAUUCGCUGUACGGCACCCAAUGCUAUUAUUUCCUGCCUUUGAACUCCAGAUGGAAAUUCAGCGGAAGGUAUUAGGAAAACGGUUUUGGUCGCGCGCGGCCGAGAAGCGUGGGUCGAUUAACGUAACAGCGCUGAACUGGGAUCACGUUAAAGAGGUGACGCUGAUAUCCAGGAAAACUAGUUCCAAGUUGCUCACUUCGAUGGAGGAAGAUCUUAAUACCGAACUGCAAACUAAAACAUCGUCAAAUUGGUAUGGGCGAGGUUCCGGCUUUCGACCUUUUUCUCAUCGGUCAAAACGCACACAUGCCUCCGGGAGCGUCAAUACUUCUGAUAGUGGCGAAGAGGCUCCAGAUAAAGGAGCAAUCAAGCUGCCUGAGUUGAAGCGAACAACGACUCCUGCAAGAAGGGAAAUACGACGACAGUCCGCCCCAGCAGUUACUUGUACUACAAGACGAACGUCUCAUGUCAUGGACCCCAAUGUUGUAAAAGUUGCAAGUCCAAAACAUGGAUCACAGGAUCUUACACACCAAACAAAUUUGCCAGGCGCGGUAUCAUGA